GAGAGAAGGAAGGGAAGACGAUCCCUAUGGAAUUUGGUCCCCAUUCUGAGGAGAGGACCAAUGCAUUCUUGGCUUUGUCCCCCGAGACUCGUCUUUACUCGAAUCUCAAAAAGGAAUUCAGAGAUGCCUCAGUUGUAUCAACUGAUAGUACUGACAAUGGCGAAGACGAUACUACAAGUGUUACUGACGACGUUUUCACCUUGCCUGCUGUAACUGAAUGCGCUUCGUCCAUGCGUAACGCCCCCAACCUUACUCUGAAAUCGGCUGCUGGGGUUCGUAAGGUUCUUGACCCUACUAAACUCUUGCAUUUGAAGUCCAAGAAGAGAAGGUUGAUGCCUCCGCUCCCCCCAGUGACUCCUUC